AUGAAGAAGUCCGCCGCGGAGUGGGCGAUCACGGGCGUGAGCAGACCGCCGCAUACCUGGAACAGCCAGCCCACCACGCAGCCACGCUCGGCGGUGAGGGCCACUCCAGCCGGGCCCGAGGGGAUGCCGUGCCAGUGGAAGAGCCCGAAGACCAGCGCCUGCAAUAGGUUCGCCCCGACGGGGCCAAGGCCGCCGGCGGCCCCCGCGUGGGCGGACAGGCGCGGCAGGAAGAUCGAGGAACAACAACUGCAUGUACAUAUCGGCGCGCCGCGCAGACUUCCUGGGCCCCCCUCCUGGGCGGGGGGCGGCGCCGGAGGCGCAGCGCAGAUGAAAGGAAGCCUCGCAGAGCUCUGA